CUAAAAAUUCAGGCUGAUGCUGAUGUCAAAAACAUUUGAUUGAAAACAUCUGUGAAUAAAAAAUAGUAAAUUAUUUUUAAAAAAUUGUCUAAAAAAAUUUAAUGAAGCUCUAUAAUCAAAGAAAUGGAUUCUUUGUCAGAUGUAAAAGUUCACGAGAAGAUUUUAAAUUUAAUCAACAAAAUAAAACAUGGUGAAAUUGAAGGCACUUAUGAAAUUGUCGUAGUCACUGUUUCAACAUUAAAGGAAGUAAUAAAUAAUACAGAAUGGAAAACUGCACAAUCUGUUAUGGAUUUAGUAAAAUUAAAUGGAAAGCAUUUAAUGAAGGAAAUACCAUUAGAAACGUGUAUUGGAAAUAUGAUUCGACGGAUAUUGCACAUAAUAAGAGAGGAAUACUCCUCGGAAUUGAAGAACAAAACGGAAGAAGCUGAUCCUCAGGAAUCGCUUCAUAAAAUUAUUACUUCGAAAAAUGAACGUGAUAUUGAUUUCAAUGUCUCUGUACCAUUUCUUAAAGAAGCUCUCGUUGAACAUAUUAAUGAAUUCGAAGUUGAAUUGGAAACAUGUUACGAAAAUAUUACACAACAAGCCUCGGAGCACAUUCACUCCAGUGAAAUUAUAUUGACAAUUGGUCGGUCGAGACUUGUAGAAGAGUUUUUUAAGAAAGCUGCUAAAACCAGAACAUUUGAAGUAAUCGUUGCUGAAGGUGGAUCUGAUUUAAAAGGUCACCAAAUGGCAGUGAACCUCGCGAAAGCAAAUAUUAAGACGACUUUAAUUUCAGAUGCGGCAAUUUUUGCAAUGAUGUCGCGUGUCAAUAAAGUUAUUGUAUCAACGCACACGGUUAUGUUGAAUGGUGGCCUUAAAGCAAUAUCCGGAACGUAUACAGUUGCACAAGCUGCGAAACAUUAUUAUGUUCCAGUUAUGGUUCUUUUACCGCUUUAUAAACUUUCUCCCGAAUAUUUAUGUCUUUAUGAGCAAGAAGGCUUUAAUACGUACCUAUCUCCUAGUCAGGGUGUCAUUCCCACAGACAAUAUUCAACUUAUGGAUAAAAUUCGCGCCUACAAUCCUGCCAUUGAUUACGUACCUCCUGAACUUGUCACACUAUUUAUUUCAAACACUGGUGGAAAUGCUCCCUCGUAUAUCUAUAGAUUACUCAGUGAAUUAUAUCACCCUGAUGAUUACGAACUUUGACGAUCACAAAAAUAUUUUAUUAAACGAAAUUAUUGAGAAUUUAAUUUCUAGAAUCUGUACAUUAUCAACUGAUUCAAUAACUAAAUGCAACAAAGUGCUUAUUAGCAUUUUGUAAACUGUUUUUUUUAUAAAUACAAUUUGUGGAAAAUUUAA